AUGCCGCCGUGGUGUUCAUCAGAAUACCCAAUACAAUACAUAGUCGGUUGUAAAGCUACACAGGGUAGUGAGACGACAGAGUGGGCCGGCAGUGUUACAUUAUUAGGUUUGUUGCCUCUGUGGCGAGCUACUCUACCGCCAGACACCGUACUCGCUGUGAGACCGCCCACACCAGGCGAUUGCUGGCCUUUUAGGUUCGUCAAUAAAAGCACUGAACUAUAA